UGCCGGAUCGCCUGGCGUGCGUGUGCGCGGGCAUCAGAGGGGGGGGACUGUGCGAUCAUGAGUGACGGAGGGGACUGUGAGAAAAGCUGGAAGAAGAUUGACCAGUUUUAUAAUUCUAAAAACAUGGUCCAUGGAUCAGUGACAUUCAGGGAUGUGGCCAUCGACUUCUCUCAGGAGGAGUGGGAGUGCCUGCAACCUGCUCAGAAGACCUUGUACAGGGAUGUGAUGCUGGAAAACUACAGCCACCUGAUCUCACUGGGAAGUUCCAUUUCUAAACCAGAUGUGAUUACCUUACUAGAGCAAGAGAAAGAGCCCUGGAUGGUUAGAAGGAAAGAAACAAACAGAUGGUAUCCAGAUUUGGAGUCGAAAUAUGGACCUGAGAAAGUAUCUUCAGAAAGUGAAAUCUCUGAAGUAAAUUUACCCAAACAGGUUAUAAAGCAAAUAAGUAAAACUGUUGGCCUCGAGGCCUUUUAUUUUAGAAAUGACUCAGAAUAUAGAAGGUUUGAAGGACUACAGGGAUAUCAAGAAGGAUAUAUCAAUCAGAAGUUGAUGAGCUAUGAAAAACUGCCUACUUAUAUUCCUCAUGCUUCUCUUAUUCACAAUACACAUAAACCAUAUGAAUGUAAGGAAUGUGGAAAAUACUUUAGUCGUGGUUCAAAUCUUAUUCAACAUCAGAGUAUUCAUACUGGGGAGAAACCCUUUGAAUGUAAAGAAUGUGGGAAAGCCUUUCGACUUCACAUACAAUUUUCUCGACAUCAGAAAUUUCAUACUGGUGAGAAACCUUUUGAAUGUAAGGAAUGUGGAAAGGCCUUUAGUCUUCUCACCCUGCUUAAUCGCCAUAAGAAUAUUCACACAGGUGAGAAACUGUUUGAAUGUAAGGAAUGUGGUAAGUCCUUUAAUCGUAGCUCAAACCUUGUUCAACAUCAGAGUAUUCAUGCUGGUGUAAAACCGUAUGAAUGUAAGGAGUGUGGGAAAGGCUUUAAUCGUGGUGCACACCUUAUUCAGCAUCAGAAGAUUCAUUCCAAUGAGAAACCCUUUGUAUGUAAGGAAUGCGGGGUGGCCUUUCGAUAUCAUUACCAACUUAUUGAACAUUGCCAAAUUCAUACAGGUGAGAAACCCUUUGAAUGUAAGGAAUGUGGAAAGGCCUUUACUCUUCUGACAAAGCUUGUUCGACAUCAGAAGAUUCACACUGGUGAGAAGCCCUUUAAAUGCAGGGAAUGUGGGAAGGCCUUUAGUCUUCUCAACCAGCUAAAUCGCCAUAAGAACAUUCACACAGGUGAAAAACCAUUUGAAUGUAAGGUAUGUGGGAAGGCCUUUAAUCGUAGCUCAAACCUUAUUCAACAUCAGAGUAUUCAUGCUGGUGUAAAACCAUAUGAAUGUAAGGAGUGUGGGAAAGGCUUUAAUCGUGGUGCACAUCUUAUUCAGCAUCAGAAAAUUCAUUCCAAUGAGAAACCUUUUGUAUGUAGAGAAUGUGAGAUGGCCUUUAGAUAUCAAUGCCAACUUAUUGAACAUUCUCGAAUUCAUACUGGUGACAAGCCGUUUGAAUGUAAAGACUGUGGGAAGGCCUUCAAUCGUGGCUCAAGCCUUGUUCAACAUCAGAGUAUUCAUACGGGUGAGAAGCCCUAUGAAUGUAAGGAGUGUGGGAAGGCUUUUAGGCUUCACCUACAACUUUCUCAACAUCAGAAAACUCAUACAGGCGAGAAACCCUUUGAAUGUAAAGAAUGUGGGAAAUUCUUUCGUCGUGGUUCAAAUCUUAAUCAACAUCGAAGUAUUCAUACUGGAAAGAAACCCUUUGAAUGUCAGAAAUGUGGGAAAGCUUUUCGACUUCAUAUGCACCUUAUUCGACAUCAGAAAUUGCAUACUGGUGAGAAACCCUUUGAAUGUAAGGAGUGUGGGAAAGCUUUUCGACUUCAUAUGCAACUUAUUCGACAUCAGAAAUUUCAUACUGGUGAGAAACCCUUUGAAUGUAAGGAAUGUGGAAAGUCCUUUAAUAGUGUCUCAAACUGUGUUCAAUGUCAGAGUAUGUAUGUUGGUGUAAAACCAGGUGAAUGUAAGGAGUCUGGGAAAGGCUUCAAUCAUGGUUCAAACCUUAUUCAGCAUCAGAAAAUUAAUUCUAGCGAGAAACUCUUUGUAUGUAAGGUGUGGAGGAAGAUCUUUAGAUAUCAUUACCAACUUAUUGAACAUUACCAAAUUCAUACUGGUGGAAAACCCUUUGAAUGUGAAGAAUGUGGAAAAACCUUUAGUUUUCUGACACAGCUUGCUCAACGUUAGGUCAUUCAUACUGAUGAGAAGCCAUUUGAAUCUGAGAAACAUGGGAAGGCCUUUAGUAGUGGCUCAAACUUUGUUCAACAUCAGAGUAUCCAUACUAGUGAGAAACUCUAUGAAUGUAAGGAAUGUGGGAAAACUUUUAGAUUUAGUAUGUCUUCACUGCACCUCAAAGAAUUCAUAACAGUAUGAAAUCCUUUGAAUGUAAGGGAUGUGGGAAGACCUUUAGUUGUAGCUCAAAGCUUGUUCAACUUGUUAAAAUUCAUACCUGUGAGAAACCGUAUAAUGUAAGGAAUGUGAGAAAGCAUAUGCUGUGGAUGAUCAGCUUACUCAACAUUAGAAAAUUCAUAAUAGAAAUUUUAUGAAUAUCAGGAGUGUGGACAAGCCUUCACUGUGUAUGAAAAAUUUACUCAAUGCCAGAAAACUCAUAUGGAUGAGAAAUCCUGUGAACAUAAAAGAAUGUGCGGCGAACUUUCAUCAUGGCCUGGGAUUUGCAUAACAUCAGAGUAUUCAUACUGCUGAGAAAUCCUUUGAGUGUAAGGAAUAUGGGGUGUUUUAUGGCAACUCUAAAUACAGUAGAGUUCAGAGAAGACAAUUCUUAUGAGAAAGUCUUUGAAUGAGGAAUAUAGGGCAGUUGUCACAUUCACAGUAUACUCCGUAUGCAAUGCUUUACCAGAUACAGGCAUACCUCACUUAAUUGUGCACACGGUUAUUGUGUUUUAUGCAAUUUGAAGGUUUGUGGCAACCCCACAGUGAGUAAGAUGAUCAGAGUCAUUUUCCAAACAUCAUGUGUCCAUUUUGUGUCUUUAUGUCACGUUUUGGUAAUUCUCAGAAUAUUUCAAAGUUUUUCAUUGUUAUAUGUCCAUCAUGGUGACCAACGACCAGUGAUUUUUUAUGUUACUGUUGUAAUUGCUUUGGGAUACCACAAACAUUGCCCAUAAAAGAUGGUGAACCUAGUUGAUACUUGUUGUGGGUUUUGAAAAAAUAGUCAAAUAUACAAUCAUAUACCCCCACCUAGAUACAAAAGUGUUAACAAUUUGCCAUGUUUAUUUUUUGUAUAUUUGUUGUGCCAUAGAGAAUAAGUUUUACACUUCAUGACACUUUACCCCUUAUUUAAUCAGCAUGGGUAUCACCCAAACAUAAAGACAAUAUCAUAUAGCCAUAGUACCAUAAUUACCCUUAAGGAAAUUAUUCAUAAUUCUGUAAAAUCAUUCCAUUUUCAGAUUUCUUCAUUGGCCCCCAAACCAUCUUUUAUGGCUAUUCAUACUUAAAGGAGAAUCCAUUGCAGAUUCUGAAUUGCAUUUUGUUCUCUCUCUUCAGUAUAUUGUAGCCUGGAAACCCUAUAAAUGUAAGAUCUCAUAUUUUGGUAGGUAUUAGAAUUACCUGUGGAACUUAGUAAAACUGCAGAGGCUUAAGCCCUAGCUUAUAAGCCUGGGCCUCUGUGUUUUAUUUUAUUUCUCCAGGUGAUUGUGAUACCAACCAGAGUUAGAGAGCCACUGGUCUAGAACAUUUCUCCUCAUUCUUAAAAAAUGACAUUAAAUUUUGUCUAGCCCAGGAAAGUUGUCUGCUGUGUGUUUAGAUUUCUUUCUUUAUAGUGUCAUUUAGCCUUGUUCUCUUUGUUGUAUAUUCUGUACAAGGGAGUUUGAGUCCAGAGGCUCUGUUAGGUCUAGAUUACACAUUUUGGGGAAGAAUGCUUUGUAGGUUAUUUGUAUGUCAUGUUUUAUUGUCAGAAAACAUUUAAGUACCGGUCCUUGAAUUAGUGAAACUAAGUUUGAUCAUUUGGGUAAGCCGGUAGCUACAAUGUUAAGUAAUCUGUGGAGAGACUUUGUCACCCCUGAAAAAUUAUAGUCAUGUGUAUUUUAUCCCUGGAUUGAAUACAAAAUGAAAAUAGAAAUAGACUAUUCAGAAAUGAAUGCCAUGAAGGUAUCAACAUAAUUCAACUUGUGUGUUAUGGCUGACACUGUACUCGGUACAAAAUUAGCACCCUCUAGUUUAUGCAGGGAGCCGAGGUUGUUUUGUCUGGAACCCUGUUUUUGUUCAGCAUUUAUCACCAGCAUCUAUACCAUGUCUGGUACAUGAGCUGUUGAUAAACUUUGAAAAAAAUUAAGCACUUAAAUCAAGCUAUAAAAUGUGAUACCAUUGUGGGAUCAUGAAUUAUAUUAAUUUUUUUAAAGAUCAAUAGUAAUCCUUUAUGAUUUUAUUCCAGUAUAUUUAAAAAUCUAUAAAGUGAUAAUUUAUAUUGAUAGCUUUCUUCUUUUUGUGAAUAUAUAUACCCUUAUCAGAUUAUUAUUGUUUUGAUAGACAAUUCUAUUUCUUAACAUUUAAUUGCAUCUAUAAUCAUUAAAGUUAUAAUUUUCUAAAUAAUUUUUCAGGUUUGUUAUUGCAGUGAUUUUAUAAAUCUUAUAAAACACAGUUAUAUAAAACUUGGCUUUCUAGUCUCAUGUUCCUAUUUUUUAUUUCCAGUUUCAUCUUUUUUGUAUUGAUUCUCUUUGACUUUUUUUUUUUUUUUAACUCAACAGAUUCCCUGGGUAUUAACCCAGCACAACUCGUUUAUGGGUCAUUGCACAUCCUGGUAGUGUCAUUAAGGAUUUUCAUGAAAGAUCCCUGGAGACCUUGCAAUGAAACUAUUAUCACGCAAUCUUGGCAUUUCUAAGUUGGAAGUCAGAGUCCCUUUGCAAACAUAAUAAAACACUUCAAAGUAUUUGCUAAAGUUACAAACCAAGUAUGUACAAAUUUAAAAACCACCUUAUACUUUUAAAAGCAGAAAAGGCAUCCAAGGAAUAUUUCCUUGCUUACAAGCUCAGUGAAUGUCCGGAAUUCACUUACAAAAAGAAUUUUCUCAAAUUUAGUUGCCUUUCAAAAAAAUUCUUAUUUCUUUUAUUUGUAAUUCUUUGACACUGUUGCUGCUUCAAGGUUUUGGUAAUUGGCCAAUAUGGUCUUUAUUAUGCUAUUAACAUUUUUACUUGUCCUGAAAGAAGGGAAUAUAAUCAAAGAAACAGAAGGUUGCCGUAACUCGAACCACAUUAUGAUAUCAGGAUGACCCAGAGCCAUGGUUACUAAGCUGUUUAAAUUUUUAGUAACAGAGGUGUAUUAGAAAGUGAUAGGUCAAUUAAAUAAUUUUUUUGAUAAAUUUAAUGAUAGCAUCCCCUUAAAUUAUGCUUAGUCAGCAGCAUUUAAUCUGUUGUCUAUUAUACACCUAACUGGUCUGUUACCUUUCUUAUAUAUUUAUGUAUUACUUAUAAAUAUCUUAUUAGAGUAACUCAUUUUUAAAACAAUAUAUUUCAUCUCCUAGGA